UGUUCACUGACGCGACAUCUACAGAUUGAUUCUCAAACAUCGGACAGUUCACGACGCAAAAGUAAGGUUAACUUCCUUUUUUCCGGUGUGAAAAGCCGUGAGUACAUAUCUUCAAGAUGGUGAAGAUUAUGAAAACAGGGAAAGUCGUAUUGGUCCUUAGUGGCCGAUACGCUGGACGAAAAGCCAUUGUAAUGCGUAAUUUUGAUGACGGAACUACAGAAAAACAAUACGGACAUGCAUUGGUAGCGGGUAUUGACCGAUAUCCACGCAAAGUACACAAAAGAAUGGGCAAAGGGAAACUUCACAAACGUUCCAAAAUCAAGCCUUUUGUGAAGGUUUUAAAUUACAACCAUUUGAUGCCAACAAGAUAUACCGUAGACUUACAAUGGGAUAAAGUGACUACUAAAGAUCUUAAGGAUCCGAUGAAGAGGAAGAAGGUCCGAUUCCAGACACGUGUUAAGUUUGAAGAAAAGUAUAAAUCUGGUAAAAACAAAUGGUUCUUCCAAAAAUUACGAUUCUAAUUAAUUUUAAAUAAAUAUAAAACAUACAAAUAUUUUAA